AUGAGUGCAGGACAGCAGACACUCGUGGGAUUGUUCCAAAGUCUUGGUGUCAGAGUUGGUGGUCUCUAUGCAGUCCUGAUCAGCAAUACUGCACCAGCAUUACAGAUCCUCUACCUGGCAGGAAUGUACAUCUCUGCCUUCCCCAUCAUCAUCUCGUUGCGUCAGACCAACAUCUAUGAGGAAAGAUCCCUUGGCAUUGAGAACGACGGCGACGAAGAUGCGGACAAGAAAGGCGAAAAGUCGUACAUAUCCGAGCACGUACGAAAACAACUCGCCUAUGAUCUGUGGUGGCUUAUACUGGCAAUUUGGCUGAUAACAAUCAUCGAGCGUCACGACAUUGUAGCUGGAGGCGACUACUUCACCAUCUGGGCCAUUAUUUUCGAGACAUUGAGUGCGUACGGCACAGUCGGUUUGUUAUUGGGUGUCCCAUACGACAAUUACUCUUUCAGUGGAACAUGGCACACUCUGAGUAAAUUGAUUCUUAUUUGUGUGAUGAUUCGGGGAAGACACCGAGGCUUGCCAUAUGCAAUUGACAGAGCAGUGCUGUUGCCAGGAGAAGAGUUGAUGGAGAAGAUGGACAAGGAGGUCAAUGGCAGAGGUAGCAAUAAAUAUGGUGCUAAAUGGCAGGAAGAAGAACAGAGAGUCCGAAGAGAGCAAGAGGGGUCACAAGCUGAAAACCAAGAGCGAGGACAGGACCCAGAAGGACAUGAUGUCGAGGGCACUGAGGAAGGGCCUUCAUAA